GUCCAUAUAGAAGAUCAUCUUUGUAGAAACUCACUUCGCUUGAGAACAGGAAGUUAUACUCAUUUACUUCCGAUUUGUCUGCGGUUGUUGUUUUUAAAAUGGCGCCGUUGGACUUGGAUAAGUAUAUUGAGAUUGCAAGACAGUGCAAAUAUUUACCAGAAAACGACCUAAAGAGAUUAUGUGACUACGUAUGUGAUUUGCUGCUCGAGGAAUCAAAUGUUCAACCAGUAUCCACUCCAGUCACUGUUUGUGGAGACAUUCAUGGCCAGUUUUAUGACCUAUGUGAACUCUUCAGAACUGGCGGACAAGUUCCAGACACAAACUACAUUUUUAUGGGAGACUUUGUGGACAGGGGAUACUACAGCUUGGAGACGUUCACGUACCUGCUAGCCUUAAAAGCCAAGUGGCCGGACCGCAUCACACUUCUACGAGGAAAUCACGAAAGCAGGCAGAUCACACAGGUGUACGGCUUUUACGAUGAGUGCCAAACGAAAUACGGGAAUGCGAACGCCUGGCGAUACUGCACUAAAGUGUUUGACAUGCUAACAGUAGCCGCUUUGAUAGACGAGCAGAUCCUUUGUGUGCAUGGUGGCCUUUCACCUGACAUCAAGACCCUGGACCAGAUCCGCACGAUCGAGCGCAACCAAGAGAUUCCCCACAAGGGGGCCUUCUGUGACCUGGUGUGGUCAGACCCAGAGGAUGUGGACACCUGGGCCAUCAGUCCGCGAGGUGCAGGCUGGCUCUUUGGCGCCAAGGUCACUAAUGAGUUUGUUCACAUCAACAAUCUGAAGCUGAUCUGCCGUGCACACCAGCUGGUCCAUGAGGGCUACAAGUUCAUGUUCGAUGAGAAGCUGGUGACGGUGUGGUCUGCACCCAACUAUUGUUACCGCUGUGGAAACAUUGCCUCCAUCAUGGUCUUCAAGGACGUGAACACACGGGAGCCCAAGCUGUUCCGCGCCGUGCCCGACUCUGAGCGGGUCAUCCCUCCCCGAACAACAACACCUUACUUCCUCUAAUUACAAGAGCCAUUUUGUUCAGUUCCAAAAUAAACCCCAGCCUCUUCCCCUUGCCCCUUUCCCUUUUGGUGUUUGCAGUCUUAAGGGAGCGGAUUGGUGUAACUAAGAAAUAUUACAAUGGCUUCACCAUGGUCUGGUCCAGAAACGACCAUAGCUCUUGUCCCUUCGAUGUUUACAGAUCUGAAGGAAUGAGAUGGGUGUUUUCAAUAUGAUAGAAGCUCCCCUAUACCUCAUUGGAAAGCUAGGUGGAGCUGUCACUAGUUUGUUUUACUUUACGCCUGUCUGAUCCUUUCAGAUCUACAAACACCAAAGUGAUAGACGCUUCAAUCAGUCAAUUGAUUCACAUCAGCAGUUGUUGCAGAGUGCUUUUACAGAUAUCCAGCCUAAAACCCCCAAAAAGCAAGCAAUGCGGAUCGUGAUGCACAGAGGCUAGGAAAAACACCAGAAAGGCAGGAACCUAGGAAGAAACCUAGAGAGGAACCAGGCUCUGAGGGGUGGCCAAUCCUCUGGCUGUACCGGGUGGAUAUCAUAAGAGUACAUGUCCAUUUAGGCCAGAUUUGUUCUUCAUGAUUGUUUAAACAGUCAUUGACGACCAGCGCAGGGUCAAAAAAUAGUCCGUGGUUAUAGAAGGUGCAACAGGUCGGCACCUCAAGAGUACAUGUCAGUUGGCGGAACAGCAGAUGCUUCUGGGCUGAAUCUUCUAAUGGGUUUAGGGCAGCUAUCUAUAUAUUUCGUACACCUAUCUGGUUCCUUGUUAUCUGAAAAGAGGUGUAGGUUAACGGGUUUGGGACUGGGCUAUUGUCCCCACUGUCAACUACCCACCCCCAGCUUCUCCCAAGGGGACUUGCAUCUCUCUGUUUUGUCUCCAUUUUUUUUCUUGAAAUAUACAAACUCAGACCUCCCCCUUCCCUUGAAAGUAUUUGAUGUUGCCUAAUGUGUUUUUAUUUGCAUUUCUUUUUUACAGGUAACAUUGCUGCAUUGAAUGAAUUGAGUCAAAAGUCCUGUUGGCCCCUCAUUUCAAUUGAAGCCCCAUCUUCAUACAUUACUACGUGCCAAUGCACCUGCUUUAAUUUCUACUCCCUCAAAUUCCAUUCGACGGUAGUAAAUGGGACAUGCUUUUCCAAUAAAGUUGAAUUGUAGCCAACAAUGUAUUUGUAUGAAUACUCAAUGUUCUGCAGCUUUGUGCACAUUCAAGUCAUUCAUCUGCUCUGCUUCUUUAUAGGGUUAUCAUGAUGUCUCGGAUUGAAUUCCUUUGAUUGCACUGUGUCACAGAAUUCCAUGGUAACUAUUGAAUGGAGUUCAGUGGUGUGUUUGUGAGUGUUAUCGUUCCAACUGGGUCGAUAUUGCAAUUAUGCUAAAAGCAUGUCACCUGAUAAUAUGGUCUUUCUCAGAUGUAAUCUAUAGUAGAAAACUUAUAAUUUCCACCAAAGACAGCAAUUGAAGUAUCCUGUUGUUGAUUUUUAAACCAGAUCACAGUCGAUGGGGAUGGGGACAGUCUUGGGGACUGAGUGGGUUAUGAUGCUUUUGUACAUUCAAAUAAUUUUAUUGAUUAUUGUUCCUAUUUUUCUCUGCUCUGAUUUGUUGCAUCUUAUUAUUGUAGACUGCAACCCAAAUACCAAUUGAAAAUAAAAGGCCUUUACUAACUUAA